GGAGAAAGUAAACACAGCCGGCCGGCUCUGCCCGCGGACCGGCCGGGGCGGGAGGGGCUCCGCGCCUGACGUGAUGGGCCCCGGCGCGGCCGCCCCCGGGCAGGAGCACGCGGGGCGCGGGGCGGGCGGCAUCCUCUCCCCUGGCCCCUGCGCCGGACCCGGGCCGGCCGCGCGGGCGGCGCUCCCCCCUCGCCGUCUGCGCGCCGCCCCCGGGGGGCGGCGGUGAAGGACCUGCCCGGCGCCCCGCUAUUUAUUCGCCCCCACGCCCCCUUCCUCCUCCGCCCCGCUCUUUCCCGCGCCGCGGGCGGGCCAUGGCUGGCGGCGACGCGGUCGGCCCGGUGGACGAGCACUGAGGGCGGACGGAGCCUCCCUUGUCGUCGGGGCGCGGCCGCACCAUGUCGGCCGUCGCGUACGUGGACUUCGUAGCGGCGCAGUGCCUGGUCUCCAUCUCCAACCGCUCCGCCGUGCCCGAGGCGGCGCGGCUGAAGGUGCCGGGUGAGGGGGAGGCGACCCGGGAGCUGCGCGACCCCCGCGACGCCUGGAAGGACUACUGCGCCCUGCUGGCCAUCGCUAAGAGCCUGCUGGAGCUGAACAAGUACCGGCCGCUGCCCGCCCCCUCUGUCUGCAGUGACAGCGUGGAGAGCCCCGACGAGGACGCGGGCUCCGACAGCGACGCGGCCACCGAGCAGGGUUCCAGCCCGCCCCGCAGCCCCCCGCCAGGGCCGCCCCCCCGCCUGCGCGCCGCCGGGGCCGCCCCUAAGGGGAAGCUGGCGGCCGAGAAGCGGCACAAGUGCCCCUACAGCGGCUGCGGCAAGGUCUACGGCAAGUCUUCCCACCUCAAGGCGCACUACCGGGUGCACACAGGUGAGCGACCAUUCCCCUGCACGUGGCCUGACUGCCUUAAAAAGUUCUCCCGCUCUGACGAGCUCACACGGCACUACCGAACCCACACCGGUGAGAAACAGUUCCGGUGCCCCCUGUGCGAGAAGCGGUUCAUGCGGAGCGACCACCUGACCAAGCACGCCCGCCGCCACACCGAAUUCCACCCCAGCAUGAUCAAGCGAUCCAAAAAGUCCAGCUCCAGCAGCUCCUUGUGAAGGCAGGGCUGGCCCUGGGGGAGGAGUGGGGAAGAGGCAGGCUGUGGCAAGGAUGCAGGCCGUGGUGCCAGGGCACGAGCAUCCACUGCGGUGCCGGUCACCCUCGCUGUCCAAAAGCACAUGUAGCCGGCAUUAAAAAAAAAAAAAAAGUACUCA